AUGCAUCCCCAGCUCCUGGCCGACGCCGGAGUCGACUACGGCACCAUCAAGACAGCCCAUUCAGCCUCGCGCUCAGUCGAUCGCGACGACCAAGAGGCUCAGGCUCAGGCUCAGGGACAUGCUGGUCUCAAUCUCGACCUGGAUGAUGCCGAGUUGGAGGCGUCGGGAUACCAUAGGGAAUUGCCGCGGCAGUUCUCUAUGCUUUCGCUGAUGGCAAUGGCGUAUGCGCUGCUCUGCACGUGGAACGGGUUUGGGAGUGCAUUUGGCGCCAGUCUCAAGCAAGCCUCGUCGGCCGGCAGCAUCUUCACCCUCCUCCCGGCAGCGCUCUUCAUCGGCGUGGUAUCGCUGGGCAUGGCCGAGUUGACAUCAGCCUUCCCCGUGGCGGGAGGGCAAUAUUACUGGACAUACUUGGUCUCGCGGGCGAAAUGGGCGCCCAUCGCGUCAUAUUUUACGGCCAUGAUCAGCGUGAUUGGAUGCUGGCUGGGAGGCGCGGCGACGUGCAACUUCAUAGCGGGCAUGAUUCUGUCCAUUGCCGAGUUCACGGUGCCGGACUUCCAGAUCGAGGCCUGGCACAAGUACGUGGUCUAUGUGACGGUGAUUUGGGCCGCCGUGGCAAUCAAUGUCUUGGCAUCACAGGGCCUGCCGGCCUUGAACAAGUUUAUCUUCUACUUCUCCUUGAUCACGUUCAUGGUGACCAUGACGGUGAUGCUCGCCUGCUCGUAUCCGCACUACCGAUCCGCCCGCGACGUCUUCACCGACGACACGGUGCACAGCGGCUGGCACAACCGCGGGCUGGCGUGGACGCUCUGCUUCGUCAAUUCGCUGUACGGAUUCCUCGGGACCGAUGCCGGAGUGCACAUGGUGGAGGAAAUGCCUGAUCCAUCGGUCAACGGGCCCAAAGUGAUUCUCUAUCCCAUCAUACUCGGCCUAGCCACUGUCUUGCCCUUCGCCUCAGUAUGCAUGUUUGUGGUCAAAGACAUGGACGAGGUCCUACACUCGCCCAGCGGCCUGCCCCUGAUCCAGCUGUACUACCAAGCCACCGACAGCCAAGCCGGCACCGUGGCGCUGAUGGUCGCCUUCACCGUCUGUUUCUUCGCCUGUGCCGCGGCCAACGUGACGGGCUCGUCGCGUCAGGUCUGGUCGGCCGCUCGUGACGAAUGUUUCCCGCGCUCCGACCUGUGGAAGAAGAUCGACCCGACAUACCAGAUGCCGCUGAAUGCGGUGUUGUUGCAGGGAUGUUUUGGCACGAUCUACGGCCUUCUCUUCUUCGGCUCCCCAACCGCCUUCGCCUCCAUGGUCAGCGCAUCCAUCAUCUUCAUCGUCGGCUCCUACGUCGUUCCUCAGACCAUGCUCCUAUUCCGACCCAAAUCCCGCGCUCAACUCCUGCCGGCCCGUGCCUUCGAUCUCGGCCGCUGGGGUUAUCCCGUCAACCUCGUGUCGACUGUCUGUACGGCCUUCUUGCUCGUCGCCUGCUGCAUCCCGACAGAAUAUCCUAUUACCGUGGCGAACAUGAACUAUAAUAGGUGA